CCUACCUCAACUUCAGCCUGAAGUAAACGAGCGAGACUGCGUAUAUCCUAGAUGAGCAAUCUCUGUUUCACAUCGACCCGAAAGGAAUUAUGACACAUUUGCGAUGAAGUGCUCAGGAUUUCUCCAAUUAUCUGUUCACCUCUUGGUGGUGGGCUCGGCUACCGCCAUUGGCUGGGCCGAGAAUCUCCAUAACACCGACAACAACAAUGCUCGUAGACAGACCGGCGGUUCGGGCUGCAAUGUCGAAACCUUAUCAGCUGUGCUCCCGUCUUCGGCCAAGGUCGAGAGGGUCGAGUAUGUCAGUGCCGGAAGCUCUUUCGGCGAGCCCUUGACGGAUCUCAUGUACCCAAUUCCGCCGACAGAUCUGCCGGAAUUGUGCGCCGUCAUUAUCUCCGUUGCCUCCUCGGUCACCUCGGCAUAUAGGUUCGGCAUAUUCUUGCCUAUGGAAUGGAACGGCCGUUUCCUCACUGUCGGUAACGGGGGGUUUGGAGGCGGGAUCAACUGGCUGGAUAUGGGUGCCGGUGUCAAGCAUGGUUUCGCCGUUAUCUCGACGGACACGGGUCACAACUCCACGACCGGCGACACGCUCUGGGCCUUCGACAACCCGGAGAUAAGAACAGACUGGGGCUGGCGAGCGCUGCAUGGCUCCGUGCAACUGGGCAAAACCCUCGUGUCAACGUACUAUUCGAAGCCUAUCAGCUAUUCGUACUAUAGUGGCUGUUCGACUGGGGGUCGACAAGGGUUAAAGGAGAUACAGAUCUCCCCGAACAGCUUCGACGGCGUACUAGUCGGGGCCCCGGCAUGGUAUACCAGCCAUCUCAACACUUGGGUCUGUAAGAUCGCAUCGUAUAAUUGGCCUUCUAACGAGCCCAAGCACAUCGACUGGCAGCUGCUACCGCCCAUUGCUGACGAGGUAGUACGGCAAUGCGAUGGCAAUGACGGUGUUACCGACGGCAUCAUCAGCCUACCGGAGCAGUGCAACAUCGACUAUGAUGCCAUGCGCUGCAGCAACGGCGGCCACGCUCCGUCCGACUUCGCCGCGUCCGAUAACUGUCUCAACGAAGAGCAGAUCGGUACCCUCCAAUCCCUAUACAAGGGCUACGUCACGGACGCUGGCGAACACGUGUUGCCAGGCUACCUCCCCGGCUCCGAAAGCCAGCUGUACACGGUGCUCAAUUAUUCGCAGUCGAGCCCGUUUGGGCUGGGGUACAUCCGGAACUUCCUGCUCAACGACCCGAUGUUCGAGGCGACGCAGUACAACGACAGCCUGCUGCAGCUGGCGGACGAGUUCGACCCGGGCAACGCGACGGCCAACAACUACAACCUCUCGGCGUUCCGCGACCGCGGCGGCAAGGUCGUCAUGUACCACGGCUCGUCCGACGGGCUGGUGCCGACGACGGCCGCGAGCCUGUACUACGAGCGCGCGGUGGACGGGACGAGCGGGGGCAACGUGACGCUGAUGCGGGAGUUCUUCCGACGCCUCGAGGUGCCCGGGAUGCAGCAUUGCGGGUACACUAGCGUGGAUGCGCCGUGGGCGUUUGGGGGUGCGAGCCAGGCGUCCAUUCUGGGGAACAACACGUACUCGGUUCCGGGGUUCACGGACUCGGCGCACGAUAUAUUGCUUGCGCUUGUGGACUGGGUUGAGAAUGGAGCGCCGGUCGACCAGGUCAUCGCGACGACGUGGAAUGAUCCGACGGAUUCGUCGUCAGGGGUUAAGCGCCAGAGGCCGAUAUGCACGUAUCCUACGACGGCGACUUGGGAUGGAUCGGGGAAUGUGGACGAUGCGGCGAGUUGGAGUUGUGGCAACAAUACCAAUAGUACCAACCAGCCAGAGGUUCACAGCGCAGGUUCACGAACAUACAUGAACCCCCUCUCCGUCAUGAUGGAUGUGUUCAGAGCUAUGUCCAUAUUAACAUCGCAAAGCACAUAAGAGAGCCUGGAUACGUCGGUUAGGGCCAAGGCUGAUAUCGAAAGAUCGUAGAUUAGACAUGUAGGUAGGUAUAUAUAGUAAAUAUAACACUUAGAGCUACCGACCUAGGGAGGCUUCCAAGGUGGAGUGCUAUAUAUGACAACUGGAAGGUAUCGAGACUUGAUGCUAUAUGUGCCCCGAUUGAGAAAUGAGAAAGGGAACCCGAGAGUUAUUAUACAGAGUAGGUAUAUUCAAAUUGAAAGUCCAGCGCUGCCUCCCAUUGUAUGUUUAUUUUAUGGACACCCGUCUGC